AGGGCCCAAACGACCCAAAAAUUCUCAGAUAAAAACCCUAAAGACAAAACCCCACCGAAAGCUUCCAACACUUUCUCAUUUCAAACACACACACUCUCUCUCAGUCAAAAAGCACCAUCAUACCCAAGAACUAAACCAUGCAUCAGCCGGAAAACCAUGAUCUCUACCGCUUUCUCACCGGAAACGGUGUCUUCAACGUGGGUCCGUACGGUUUCCCAGAAGUGAACUCAUGUGAGCUUGCUGGGAUGCCAAGCUUUUGUAGUUCCAGCUCGUACUACCCUUUGGAAGUGUCAGGUUUAGCUGAUACACCACCCCAAGAUCGAGCACUUAUGGCUUUGAAGAAUCAUAAGGAGGCUGAGAAGAGAAGGAGAGAGAGAAUCAACUCUCAUCUUGAUAAGCUGAGGAGUCUUCUUCCUUGUAAUUCUAAGACAGACAAAGCUUCACUACUUGCAAAGGUUGUUCAACGUGUGAAAGAGCUUAAAGAACAAACCUCCGAAAUCACAGAACUUGAAGCUUUACCUUCUGAAACCGACGAAAUCACUGUACUCUCUGGCGACUAUACUAGUGAUGGAAGGUUAAUAUUUAAGGCCUCAUUGUGUUGUGAAGACCGGACUGACCUAAUGCCAGACCUAAUUGAGAUCCUGAAGUCUCUACAUUUAAAAACUCUCAAAGCAGAAAUGGCUACACUUGGUGGAAGAAUCCGCAAUGUUCUGAUUGUCGCGGCUGAUAAAGAUCACAGCAUUGAAUCAGUACAUUUCUUGCAAAAUGCAUUGAAAUCUUUACUAGAACGUUCGAGUUCUAGUGAUCGGUCCAAAAGAAGACGCAUAUUAGAUCGCAAAAUGGUUAUGUAAGAGAUGUAAUUGCUUGUUUCCAUUGUCAAAUUUUUGGUCAUUUUUUGCAUUUCAUUAUCUAUUUAGCUUCCUUGAUCAGCUGGUUUGUAUGUGUGAUGGGUUUGUUUGCUUUUAGCCAAGAAGAAGAAAUUUGAAAAUUUGUGUGUGUAAGUUUGUUGAUUGGUUAGGGUUUAGGUUUAGAAUCUAGCUAGUGCAUGUGAAAUCUUGCAUGUAAGCAGGAAAAGUUGAAGAAUCCCAGUCUGAAGUGAUGAGAAUUAAUGAAGUAUAUGUACGUGAAAUGUGUGACAAUGAGGUCUGUAAAAGCAUUUCUCUGUGAGUUUCCAAGCUCAAAAUCAGUAUAUAUAUUAUUUUUCUUCA